GUUUCUGCUCGCUGUCCGUCUCCUCUGCGCUCGGAUCUUCCAGCAGCCUGACGCCAGCUACAGUUUUACGUGCUGUUUUCGGCUGCUAUAGGCUGAAGGAGAGUGUGUCUCGCCAUUGGUCGCUGUAUUGACAUAUAGUGCAGCGGUAACGCGGCGUCUGUAGCCAGUUCUUUCUAGUUCAACUUUUCACCCUGUAGUCCCUAUUUUUAAAUGUAGGCAUUUCAAUAAGAAAAUGUGCAUGUAGCAGGGAGGUAUAAGGGACAACCUGCUACAGAUAUAAUGUUUCUUACAGUUUCAAAAUACACAUCUUUUUAUUUUUAAAUCUAUGUAUUUUCGUAUUAGAGAGAUUUUCUUUAAAGGUUGCUAUAGGACCACAUACAACCGAAAUGCAUUUGUUUCUCUUUUUUUUAUUUUUAACUUCUGUUGUCCGCCAGACUUUGUCCUCUCGAAACGUUUACACAAACCACUGGGCUGUGCGAAUCUCAGGGGGACGCGGAGAAGCAGAUAAACUGGCUUUAAAAUAUGGCUAUAACAAUCUGGGCCAGGUUGGGAGCCUGGAGGGCCAUUACCAUUUUCACCACAGCAAGGUCGUCCGGCGCUCGGCGUUCUCCACCAGGGGGACUCACAGCUUCAUCCGCAUGGAUCCGAAGGUUGACUGGAUCCAACAGCAGGUGGUGAAAUCCCGAGUGAAAAGGUCCAACAGAAAUGACCUCAACGUCAUCCAUUUCAAUGACCCCAAGUGGUCUGGCAUGUGGUACAUGCACUGCGGCGAUGAGAGCAGCCGAUGCCGCUCGGAGAUGCACAUCCUGGCCGCCUGGCAGAGGGGCUACACGGGGAAGAACGUCGUGGUCACCAUCUUGGAUGACGGCAUCGAGAAGAACCACCCUGACCUUGCAGAGAACUAUGAUCAGCUUGCUAGCUAUGAUGUCAAUGGGAAUGACUACGAUCCAACACCACGCUACGAUUCCAGCAACGAAAACAAACACGGGACCCGUUGCGCAGGCGAAGUGGCAGCGGUAGCCAACAACUCCCAUUGCAUCGUGGGUAUCGCAUUCAAUGCUCGAAUAGGAGGGAUCCGGAUGUUGGAUGGUGAUGUAACAGAUGUGGUGGAGGCCAAAUCCCUCGGCAUCCGACCCGACUACAUCGACAUCUACAGUGCCAGCUGGGGUCCAGACGAUGACGGCAAGACCGUGGACGGGCCCGGUCCACUUGCCAGGCAGGCCUUCGAGCUGGGCAUUAAGAAGGGCCGGAAGGGGCUGGGCUCCAUCUUUGUUUGGGCCUCGGGCAACGGCGGCAGACAGGGCGACCAUUGCUCCUGCGACGGCUACACCAACAGCAUCUACACCAUCUCCGUCAGCAGCACCACGGAGAACGGCAUGAAGCCUUGGUACCUUGAGGUCUGCUCCUCCACGCUGGCCACCACCUACAGCAGCGGCGAGUUCUACGACCGCAAAAUAGUGACCACGGACCUCCGCCAACGCUGCACGGACGGCCACACCGGCACCUCCGUCUCCGCGCCUAUGGUGGCUGGUGUCAUCGCACUUGCUCUGGAAGCCAACCCGCUGGUGACCUGGAGGGACGUGCAGCACCUCCUGGUGAAGACAUCUCGCUCAGCCCACCUCAAAGCCGGAGACUGGAAGACGAACGCGGCAGGACACCGAGUCAGCCACUUGUACGGGUUCGGGCUGGUGGAUGCCGAGGCCAUGGUGGUGGAGGGCAGGAAAUGGAGGAACGUGCCCCCCCAGCACGUGUGCACGGAACCCCCUGAUCGCAGGACCAGGUACAUUCGCACUGACCAGUAUCUGAAUGCCAGCAUCACCACCUCCGGCUGUGCCGAGCAUGCGGACCGGCACGUGGUCUUCCUGGAGCACGUUGUGGUCAAGGUGCUCAUUGCGCACCCUCGUCGUGGGGACCUCCAGAUCAACCUCAUCUCGCCCUCAGGGACCCGCUCUCAGCUGCUAGCCAAGAGACUGUUUGACAACUCUAAUGAGGGAUUUAGGAACUGGGAGUUUAUGACCGUACACUGCUGGGGGGAGCGGGCAGAGGGGAGCUGGACACUGGAGGUGCUGGACUCUCCAUCACAGCUGCGUAACCCCGAGGUCCUCGGUAAACUGAAGGAGUGGACCCUCGUACUGUAUGGCACCUCUGAGCACCCAUACCACUCCCACAGCUCCCAGCACUCGCGCUCGAGGAUGCUGGAGGUUCCCAGUCCAGGUCGGGACCGCAAGGGACCCGAGGUGCUGCAGGGCAUUGUGGAGGAGGAGGAAGAAGAGGAAGAGUAUAACGGGCCAUGCCAUCAAGAGUGCGGGGACCAGGGCUGCGAUGGGCCUGCCUCUGACCACUGCCUCAACUGCGUCCAUUUCAGCCUGGGCAGCCUGAAGACGGGCAGAACCUGUGUCAGCCAUUGUCCCCUGGGUUACUUUGAGGACCCGGCGGCCAGGCGUUGCCGCCGUUGUCCAAAGGGGUGUGAGAGGUGCGAGGGUGGGAGGGGCGGCACCUGCCUGUCCUGCCGGAGGGGGCUGUAUCUCAGCGCAGGUGACUACUCCUGCCUGCCCACAUGUCCUGCUGGCUACUUUGCCGAUGAAGUUCAGAGGCAGUGUUUGCGAUGCCAUGAAACCUGCAUGCGUUGUCUCCGUGAUGCAGACAGGUGUACAGCGUGCAACCAGGGCUACAGUCUGGCAGGUAUGACCUGUGUCCCGCAAUGUGCCCAUGGAACAUUUUUUAACCUGGAGGAAAUGAAAUGCAGUACCUGUCACCAUUCGUGUUCCACCUGUACAGGCCCUGGCCAGGAGGAGUGCAUCCUCUGCGCACAGGGCUUCCUGCACCAGGACUGGAAGUGUGUCCCUUCCUGCAGUGAGGGCUACUAUGUGGGCGAGGCUGCGGAAUUGUCUGAGAGAAGAUGUCGCAGCUGUGAGGAGAACUGCCUGAGCUGUCAGGGCCCGGGAGCAUCCUGUACGCGGUGCAGAGACGGCUACAGCCUGGUCAGCAACAGCUGCUUUGUAAACGUCACCUGCAACAAUGCGGACGAGGUUUUCUGUGAGAUGGUGAAGUCCAAUCGGCUGUGUGAGAAGAAGCUCUUCAGGCAGUUCUGCUGCAGGACGUGUCUGCUGGUUGGAUGAGGGGAAUACAGGCCCCCUGCAGUCGCUGAUGUACAUUUUUAACCAGUUACAUCUCCUGCAAUUAAAACUAAUAUAUAUUAAACGCCCCGUUUCACUUCGUUGAAUUCCUCAAGUAAAGAUCUGAUUUUAUUAAGGUAUUUUUAAGAUUUUUUUUUUAAGCUACAUAUGUGAGGUACAAAUUCUUUAUUUUUAUUCAGAAGUUGCGUUAUAAUAAAAUAUGGUGCUUGUUUUGACUGUAUGAACAGUAGAACCACUCGGACAUGUCAGUAUUUAAUAUAAAAUACUAGUUAAAGAUUCUGACGACAUAAAGCGUAUUAAAAAAAUACUAUACAAAGCUUGUGUUUAUCUGAUUUACCCAAUAGCAAAGUUCUGGAAUUUCAUGUAAAAUAUUACCAAGACCAAAUAAAAUCAUGCAGUCAUCA